AUCGUCAUUUAGAUAAAGACACCUUUACGUUGGAUGCACAGCCUCAGGUUCCACUGGGUGCCAUAUAUCCUGAAGUCACUGUCUAUUAGGUGGAAGGCAGGCUGAAUAAGUCUGGUGCUGUGGAAUCAGACAUCCAAUCACAGAAGGACACCAGUCAAGCUGAGUGCAGGCACCGCUGAAUUCCAGGCAGUGGAAAAAAAGAGGUGGAAGGAGAGAGAAAGAGAGAGAAAGAGGGAGAGAAAGUGAUAUCAGCCAUGUCUUUCAAGCACUUAUCGCUGAGCCGCAAGACCAGGACAUUUUCUGCAGAGGAACGAGGCCUGGAGGAUGUACUGCAGCUGCUCGGGCUGGAUAGCCAGCGGUCAGAACCCUUGGACCUGGCGGCCAUGUUAAAGAUCAACACCUGGAACCUGGAGGACCCCCCCGCUCAGGGCCCAAGCGACCUCCCCCACACCUUCCUGCACCGCUUGUGGCUGUUGAGCCCCCAGGCCCGGAGCACCCGCUGCCUCACCCAAGCAGACCCCUUUCCUGAAGCCCUGGGGAAUGGGGACCUCCCGGGGCUGGGGAAGGACACUCAAUGUGCAGUCAACCCCCUGGAUUUGGUAACUGCUGUCUACAUGUCCGCGAGCAGCUUCCUGCGCCAGGAGAUGACAGUUCGGAUGGCACAGUGUGGUUUUGCUGUUCCGUUGCUGCUGCCCCCUAGUGCACAGGGUGGGCAGGUCACCCUCCUCUUGUGGUCUCUGCGGCCAGUGGUGAGGAAAUGGAGGCCACAAUCACUAUCAGAACCUGGCAGCUUCAUUAAGGGGGAUAUAACCAGUGCCAACAUGCCUUUGCUGUCGUUUGUCAGAUUGGGUCGUUGCAGCGUCUCUAAGUCCCAGGUUGUGAACCACAUUCUUGGGGGCUUCCAGGGGCCAACUAGCUGUUUUCUGCAUAGGGACAUGGACGGAGGCCAACUGCCGCGGAGGCUCUCAGAUGGUCUGGUGGAGGUCAGCUGGUACCUGCCUUCGGGUGACCGCGACCUGGAUAUUUUCCGUGAGCCGGUGAUGGUUGCCAACCUCCGUGGAGAUGCCGCCACAAGCACCGGCGCCUUCAAAGCACAGCUCCACUUCCUGUGCCGCAACUCCUCGGUGCUCUUUGUGUUCUGUGAAUCCCUGGGGGCAGCGGAGCGCCUCCUGCUGGCCUCCUUCAGGGAGAGCGGUAGCCGGGUCUUCCUCAUCAUGUGCUCGCAGGGAGAGGGGGAGAAGGGGAAAGAGGAAGAGGAACAAGGAAGGAAAGAUAUGGCACUUAAAAAGCUGGCUGAGGGCUUGGAGCUGCCUGAGGGAGCAGUGUUCUCCUACAGCACGCAAGACAGCAAGGAGGUGCUUGCAAGCACACUGAGCGGGGCUGCAAGCCGGCUGCUGCGAGACAGCCUGCGAUCGAUGACCCUUGUCAAAGCAGCUGCCACCGCCCACGAGCUGAGCAUCACCAUUGACGAAGGUGAGGCCUGUAGAAUGGCUCUGACUCAGGUGGAGGAGGUGCUGGAAGGGCUUGAGCAGCUGGGAGCCAGCAGGUACAUGGACGAGCAGCUGCCACUGCAAGGUCAGCUUUGGAAAAGGCUCGCGCAAUUGGAGAAGGAGGACUGCCGGCUAAAGGAUUCAGUGAAAUCAGCUCAAAGGCAGCAGGAGACGAAGACAGAGAUGGAACGCCUCUGCCAGCAGAAAAGAGCAUACAGGAGGACUGCAGCUAUGAGGAGCUUCAUUGCUGCCCUUUCCACACCGGAUAAGCUGAAGAGAGCCUUUUUCCUGAGCUGGAUGAGGCUGAGGCUAAAUGCAAUAGCAUGGCAGAGACAGCCAAUCACAAAGAAGCAGGAGGCCACCACUGCUGAGGGGACAGAGGAGAUCCAAGAAAACUCAGAGAAAAUUUCCAAUCAGAUGAUGAAGCAACCAGAACCCUUCCUGGGGCUAAAGCAUUUCACCCGCGAGAUGGGUCUGAUCUUUGAGAUGUCCAUCUUAAGUCCUGGCAGUGGGUCUGAUGGGGUACUGUCGUUCCCAGCUCUAGCAACUGACCUGCUCCUGUAUGGCCUCCCAUUGGAGCUGCUGGAUGGGGAUGCUUCCACUAUGCCCCCACAGUUGAUAGGCAGUGUGCUGUCUGUGGUACAGAGCCGGCUGCCACAGGGCAGCCGUGUUCGGGUUCUAACAGUGCUGGGUCUCCAUACCUCCAGUAAUGCUGCAGUGAUCUCUGCUUUACUGGGAGUGACUUUCCCUGUUGGGGACAAGCAAAACGUCAGGGGAGCUUUCAUGCUCCUACUCGCUGUUCCAGAGAACCUGAGAAAGGACCUAGCAUGCAACUUCCUGCUACUGAUCAACACAGAGGGGCUGAAGUGCCUGGGGAUGGACCAGGAGGAAGACACAGAAAUGCGCAACAAUGAGCUGGCUACGUUUGCCAUGGGACUGAGUGACGUGACGCUGCUCAAUCUUCCAACGCAGGGUGAGGCGGAGAUGUGGGACACCCUGCGGAUCAUGGUGAACGCCCUCCUGCGUGUGAAGGAGACAGGAAGGAUGCCCUUUUUCCAGGCUGUGGCUCAAGGCAGUGGUGUGGACACCAAGCAGCUGCUUCAGCUGCUGAGUCGAGUCACUCAGAUCAUGGCCGCGGGAGACAAGAACCUGAUUGAGUCCAGCUUUGACAACCUCCAGGAAUAUGAGGUCACGAGCAGCAAGCUGUGUUUGCAGGGGCCUUGGCAAAACAGUCAUCCCAUGGCACCUGUCAGCCCUGAGUACAGUAAGGCAGUGAUGGAUCAUAAGCAGACUCUGCUCACCACACUGCGUAAGUGUGCAGCGUACACCCCUUCAAUAAGCCUCCUGGAUUUCAUGGAACAUGUGACAAGUUUGUGGGAGACAGUGCUAUUUGAGAAAUUCCCAUUUGAAAUGAAAAACACAGGUGUGGGUGAAGCCUUCUGUGACUUAUGCAGAGAAUUCUCCCACUGGGAGCAUACCUUCCUUGGACAUAUGGACCCUUGGGUUGAGGGGGCAGUUGAGCUCAUCCGCACAUUUGAGGAGAACACUCCGGUGAAUGAGGAGCCCAAUGGACAUCAGAGUUUGGAAGAAGUUCUCAGCAGCUUGAAGAUACAGGCAGUGAAAGAAGUAGAGUCUGAAGCCUCCAAAGUCAUUUCAAACCUGGAGGAAUACUUCAAGAAAGGUAAAGGCCAUUCAUCCUUGAUAGAAACGUACAGAGAUAACUUCACCAACAGUGUAUACAUGCUUAAGGAACACACGGCUUGUGAGGCCAGUUACAAGCUAGAGGCUGCUAAGAGGGAGCAUGAUAUAGCCACAAAAACAAAACACUUCCAGACAGAGCUAGAGGCAGCUUUGGAGGUACGCCUGGGGUUGAUCCUAGAGCGCUACAAGGCUAGUGAUCCCAUUCCGGAGGACAAACAGCUGCAGGAAGAGUUCGACCAAGUUUGGGAUGAGUCCAUCUCCAAGCUGGACCUCACUCCCCUGGCAACACGAGAUAUCGCCAGCCAGGUCCUCCAGCAGCUGAGGGAGAACCUUGCCAACCGUGGCAUCAGCAAGCAUCUGGAUAAACUGACAGAGAUGGCCAGCUAUGAGGCCUCCGCCUUCACCGUUGAUGAAGAGCACUUUGGCUAUCGAAGCAGGCUGAAGCAGAUGUUCACUUAUGAACACAAAAUGCAGGCCCAGGAAUUAGCAGACAGGGUGAUAGAGAAGUGCAGGAGGUACACCUUAAGAAAAAAGUCCCUCAAUAGAGAUUACCUUGACAGCUACACCAGAGAGCUGUUAAAAAUAGUGGACAAGGCCUUGGAGACAAAGCAGUUUGACAUUAGGUCAAGGUUUGAGGUAGAGCUGAAGGUACAUGUCUGUGCAAGUGCAGCCCGCUCCUUCCAGGAAAUGCAUGAAAACUUCACCAAGGAGAGCGACCCCCUAGCACACCUUGAAAGGGCUCGGGACCAGAACUUCUGGAAGUUUGUCUACGACUUCCGCAAAAGGGACCAGUGUCGGAAGGCUGCCAGGACCUUUAUCACCCUUUGCCUUAAGCCAGCCGUGCUGGACUACAUCUACCGUGCACUGGGGAAGUUGAUCCUGGAGGACAUGCUUAGCAGCGAUGAUGGUCACCAUUACCAAUCUCCACAAGCAUUCCACUUCAACCUCCUGAAGGAACUGCUGCAAGAGGACAGUUUUGAGAGCUUCCUGGAGUACCUGCUGUCCAGUGAGAGCUUCAUCAGGAGGAGGAUUCAGGACCACAUAAAGGAGUUCCUCUCUGGGACAGAAAUGCUGCAGGGGUGGAUGCAGCAGCACCUGGAGCUGAUCUCAGAGAGGAUGUUGACGACCGUGAGGCAGAUUGGAGGCUGCUGGAAUGAGUCAUGGAGGAACGUAAGGCUGCUGCUGGAGAGGGUGUGUGAUGACCUGGAGGGCCCCGGGGAUGUAGCCAUUCCCCGCGAUGCCUUGCAGGGGCCCCUCUUCCAGAUCACCAUGCCAGGGGACAGGUUCAUAGAGUGCCUGGAGAAGUCAUUGACCGAGAUGCUGCAGGCUGUCAAUCAGGAGUUCUUGCAAGGUGGUGGCUGCAGUACUGAGAAUAUCGCUAGUAAGCUGCAGGCCCUCCCAGUCCAUCCACUGGACGAGCUCUACCGCAGGGUGAGAGGGUGCGAGGAACGGUGCCCAUUCUGCAAAGCCCCGUGUGAGGCAUGGGAACGGGAUCACACGGUGCACCGUGCCCUGCUGCACCGGCCUAAGGGUUUAGUCUCCUAUGCCUGCGCCGCCUCCGAUUCCCUGUCCCACAACAUAUGCCCCUCUGACAUCGUCGGGGAAAACCAGUUUUGCAACAGAGAUACGGCUGGACAGUUCCUCCACUACAGGGACUACCAAUCAGUGUAUCCCAACUGGAGCAUUCCUGAGGAGGCCCCCAGCACCCGGGGGCAAAGUGUCUACUGGAAGUAUGUGCUGGUGAGACACAACAGUAGGUUUGCCCAGGAGUACCAGUGUGAACCAGCUCAGUUGCCAGAGGAAUGGUUGACCAUCACCCAAGAGGAAGCUAUUCAGAGCCUGAGAGAGACCUUUGGUAUAUUGUGAAACUGACAUUAUGUGAAACUCAAUUUUUCAAAAUGACAUUAAGCAUAUUAAUUGAAUAGUACACACGUCUCCAUGUAAAUAGCAUAUAUGCAACUGAGAAUUUAUUAAAUAUUUAAAUUUAAUAAAAAAAAAAAAAAAUCAAAUCUCUGAAGAAGCAGCAUUGCAUUUCCUCACAGAAAAAAACAUAUAGGUAUAGGGAAUAAAUUCACAAUAUAACCCUUUACCUUACCUUUUCUUUUGCACAAUGAAUAAAAAUGAAAUUUGAUACAAGAAGCAGCAUACUGUACAUGUACUGUGCAUGGGGAUGUCUGAAUUAUUGUCAACAUAAAAAGCAACAAUAAUCAACAAUGCCAUAUGAUUGCUAUUGCCAUAUAGCACCUGUUACAUUUGUCCAAUUCUUUCUGUACAACUUUUGGUACCAGAUUUUAAUAAGUUGUGCUGGUAAUGAAUGAAUUCUAUUCUGAAUUAAAAUUGUAAUUAAAAACAAAUAAAAAUUAAAUAAAA